AUGGGCUGCGACGGGCGCGUGUCGGGACUGCUCCGCCGCAACCUGCAGCCCACGCUCACCUACUGGAGCGUCUUCUUCAGCUUCGGCCUGUGCAUCGCCUUCCUGGGGCCCACGCUGCUGGACCUGCGCUGCCAGACGCACAGCUCGCUGCCCCAGAUCUCCUGGGUCUUCUUCUCGCAGCAGCUCUGCCUCCUGCUGGGCAGCGCCCUCGGGGGCGUCUUCAAGAGGACGCUGGCCCAGUCGCUAUGGGCCCUCUUCACCUCGUCGCUGGCCAUCUCACUGGUAUUUGCCGUCAUCCCCUUAUGCCGCGACGUGAAGGUGCUGGCCUUGGUCAUGGCGCUGGCGGGCCUGGCCAUGGGCUGCAUCGACACCGUGGCCAACAUGCAGCUGGUGAGGAUCUACCAGAAGGACUCAGCUGUCUUCCUCCAGGUGCUCCAUUUCUUUGUGGGCUUUGGUGCUCUGCUGAGCCCCCUGAUCGCCGACCCCUUCCUCUCUGAGACCGACUGCUCACCUGCCAACAGUACAGCCAACGCCACCUCCAGCAGCCACCUGUUCCAUGCCCACCAGGUCCUGGGCCAGCGCCAUCCCAAGGUCUUGCCUCAGUCCAACCAGACGGCCCCUGGGCUGCCCCCCCAGGAUAGGGCGGGAACCCAUGUGUCCUAUGCCUUCUGGAUCAUGGCCCUGAUCAAUCUUCCAGUGCCCGUGGCUGUCCUGCUUCUGCUGUCCAAGGAGCGGCUGCUGACCUGCUGCCUGCAGAGGAGUCCCCUGCUUCUGUCUGCAGACGAGCUCGCCCUGGAGACACAGCCUCCACAGAGGGAAGACCCCUCCUCGCUGCCCCCAAAGCUUCAGCCAGACCCAGGGCACGAGGACCUGCUCGGCUGCUGCCAGAGGAGGAACUUCAGAGGGGCCCCUUAUUCCUUCUUCGCCAUCCACAUCACAGCCGCCCUGGUCCUGUUCAUGACAGAUGGCAUGACGGGGAUGUAUUCCGCCUUUGUGUACAGCUACGCAGUAGAGAAACCGCUGUCUGUGGGACACAAGGUGGCAGGUUACCUCCCCAGCCUCUUCUGGGGCUUCAUCACCCUUGGCCGGCUCUUCUCCAUUCCCGUCUCCUCACGAGUGAAGCCAGCCACCAUGGUUCUCAUCAACGUGGUCGGCGUGGUAGCGACUUUCCUGGUGCUUCUCAUUUUCUCCUACAACGUCGUCUUCCUGUUUGUGGGGACAGCGAGUCUGGGGCUGUUCCUCAGUAGCACCUUUCCCAGCAUGCUAGCCUACACCGAGGACAUCCUUCAGUACAAAGGCUGUGCGACCACUGUGCUGGUGACCGGGGCAGCAAUCGGCGAGAUGGUGCUCCAGCUACUGGUUGGUUCGAUAUUCCAGGCUCAGGGCAGCUAUAGUUUCCUGGUCUGUGGCGUGAUCUUUGGUUGCUUGGCUUUUGCCUUCUAUAUCUUGCUCCUGUUUUUCCACAGGAUGCACCCUGGACUCUCAUCAGUUCCUACACAAGACAAACCAUAUGGAAUGGAGAGUCCUGAGUGCUAUCAGAGGUAAAACUGGUAGAGGAAGGAGGCAAGUGAAGACUUCCAGUGUUGAACACCAACAAGGAACAAUCUGUUCAAGAAGAUCGGGUGGAGGUGGAAGCAAUCUCUCAGACACCUUUGUUCAAACUCUCUGCACUAAUACUUGGUUGAGUAGAAGAAAUCAGAUUGAGUCCUGGGACCUGGGUCUCCCCUGGACAAAUCAUUAGGAGUUUAGCUGACGAUUCAAACUGCCUUCCUCUUCCCUGGCUCAGACUCUUGGCAAGAGCUUCCAGGAUACUACCCCACAUGGGAAGGAAGAAGACAGCCAUACACUCCAUCCCAUUUGCCACCUCACACGUGGACCGUACCCUGGGUUUGUGAUCACUCCUAGUUGAAGCUUGAAAACAAUAGGUUAAAAUUGUAAAGCUCAGUGAUCACUCCUAUAUGUAGAUAUCUUUUAAACUAAUCACAGCAAACCCUGUUACUCGCAGGCAUGCUCAAAGGAUUUAUGUGCUUUUUACUGAUUAAUAGUCCAAAGUCCCAAGAGUCCUGAUGCUGGCUCUUGUUCAUCUAACUUGUAAAACAUCAAAAGGAAAAUCUGAAACUUGCUAUCUUUGGAACACCAAUUCAGUGGUAUGCUGGAGCUAACUUGUACCAGCUUACAAGAGCUAAUUGUUGAAUUUUUGAGAGCUGGUUGUUAAACAGCCAUUUAUUAAGAAGUAAAUUAUAUAAACUUAUAAUUAGAUAAAUGAUAUUAAAAAUAAAGGUGAUAGAUACUCAAAGCUUAUCACUUCCUAAUUAUUUUAUUACAUUUUAUUGUUAUUUAUGCUCUUGAGGUUAUUUACGCCUCUUGUAUCUGUAUGGUGGGAAAUACCAUACGAUGGUGUGCUACUGCCCAUUUCUUCCCAACUCCAUGUUCACAGUGUGUAAUCAGCCGUGGUGGGAGUAUUGACACCACAGAAAUUGGCAAAAGCUACAAAUUCUGGCUUUUUCCCUCCCCCUGGAGCCCUGGUGGUACAGUAGUUAAGCACUCAGCUGCUAACUGAAGGGUCAGGGGUUCGAACCCACCAGCUGCUCUGCAGGAGGAAGGUGUGGCAGUCUGCUUCCGUAAAGAUUACAGCCUUGGAAACCCCAUGGGGCAGUUUUACUCUGUCCUGUAGGGUCACUAUGGGUCGGAAUCGACUCUUCAGCAACAGGUUUCGGAGAGCUAGUUGUUAAACAUUUACCAGCAUACCACUGCUAGUCACUGAUGUUAACUGAUCCAGAAGCUGCCUAGAAGAAUAAGUUGGUUGUUCCAGUUUUCUUGACUGAGGUCGACUAGCUUAUAAAAGGUGUAGAAACAGCAUGAGGAAUUCCUAAAAAUAUCUAAUUUAAAUUUUAAAUCUUUUAUAGAGGAAGAAAACCUCUUUAUACUGUGUCAAGGUCUUCUUUAACAAGAAGCUGGGACUACUGAACAAUCCCAGCUGUGCAGUAUACAGCAGGCAGUGCCUGUCCAGGAGUUCCAGCUCCUGCCCUUAGCAAAUCCUGUAGUCAUGCAAGAAGAGCAUGCAGCCGCACCCGCUUAGAAAAGGGUAGGAGUACGGAGACCUCUGCAAGUACUGAAAUGGCCAUUACGGUGACUGUUUGAUGGUCUAUUGGCUUCCCUGCACUUUCCCUAUGCAUAUACAAAUGUACAUGUGUAAAUAUAAAAAUUAAAGCAGAUCAUGAUUCUCAGUAACCUGUCCCCAGUGCUGUGGUUCACAUGCCUGACACUAAAAGGUUUUUCCUGGACCUGUAGGCAUCCUACAGAGCUGGUGGUAUAAUGGUUAAGUGCCCUGCUACUAACUGAAAGGUUGGCACUUCGAACCCAUUCAGCAGCUCAGCGGGAGAAAGACCUGACAAUCUGCUUCUGUGAAGAUGACAGCCUAGAAAACUCUGUGGGGCAGUUCUACUCUGACACAUGGGGUCACUAUGAGCUGAAACUGACUCGAAGGCACUCAACAGCAACAACAAGCGUGGUAAAGCUAACCAGCUCCAUGGUACAGUGGUAAGAAUCCAGCUGUAGAGAGAGAGACUUGGUUCAAGCACUGGCUUCCCCUGGCCUAGCUGUGUGGCCCUGGGCAGAUUACCCAGGUUCUUCCAACCUCUCUUUAUUCAUCUGUAAAUUGACAGUUAUAAAGUACCUACCCUACCUCAAAGGAAUUCAGAAUGAUUAAGCGAGAAAAUUCAUGUACUUACUAUGUGCUUGAUAUAGAAAAUGCUUAAUAAGUACUAGCCAACUUAAAAAAAAUUUUUUUCUCAUAGCAAUUUUUAUUUUUUCUCAUAAGCAAGCAGCUUAGAAAUUGUUCAGAUGUCUGGUACAUAUUUAUUAUGAGUUAAACAGAUCCAACUUCUUUUGAAAGCUGGUGAUCUAGGGGUAUAGUUUUACCUACUGUAUCUGUUACUACUGAAAAGUAAUAUGCCUAUUCAGAAAGUAUUGAUGCCAACCAAACUUAAUUGUACAGUCUAACUGUAGUAAGUGAUGGCCUUGGCAAAAAGAAAUCAGCUGUAUUUUUUGUGAAUUUUCAAGAAAACUUUCUUUUUAAACAGAUUUAGGAAGAGGAACCAAUGACUGUGUCUAAGUUGGUCGUGAUUAAUUUGUGAAUAUAGAAAAGAAGAUUAAA